CUGUUACUCUUUAGUCCUGACUUUCUGUUUUAACUUCCAGUGCUGUGGGGGGGUUGGGGGUGAUAUACAGGCCAUCUUGGGAGAGGGGUAGAACGCUGCAGGAGGCCAGUUGGCUGGAGGUGGGCAUCUCAAACUGCUGCGUGGUUUUGCUUUUUCCUUUUCCAGAAUAAACCCUCUUUUGACAGAGUACUCGAAAAAUUAUUUCCUCCAGUCAACAUGCGACACCAGUUCUCACUCCCAUUGGCUGUCCAAUUUCUUGAGAAGCCAAUCAGUAUCACUGGCAUUCCCAGUUAUCAAGUCUCCACCGACUUGUGCAGGGACUCAGAUUGCUUCCAGAGCUGGAGGAUGCAGGUCAAUGGGCUGGGAACCCUCCUCCUGCUGCUCUCGGGGGCCCUGGCCCUGACGGGGCCCCGGGCGGGCUCCCACUCCCUGAGGUAUUUCGUCACCACCUGGUCCCGGCCCGGCAGCGGGGAGCCCCGGUUCAUCGGCGUCGGCUACGUGGACGACACGGAGUUCGUGCGAUUUGACAGCGACGCCGCGAGUCCAAAGACGGAGCCGCGGGCGGCGUGGAUGGAGACGCCGUGGCUGGAGCAGGUGGACCCGGGGUACUGGGAGCGGGAGACACAACGCGCCAAGGACCACCAACAGGUUUUGCGAGCGGAGCUGCAGAGCGCGCUGGAGAACUACAACCACAGUCAGGCCGAGUCUCACACCUACCAGAGAAUAUGUUGCUGCGAAGUGGGGCCAGACGGGCGCUUCCUCCGCGGGUACGCGCAGUACGCCUACGACGGCGCUGACUACAUCUCCCUGAACGAGGACCUUUCCUCCUGGACCGCGGCCGACAAGGCAGCUGAGAUCUACAAGAAGAAAUUGGAGGCAGCUGGUGUAGCGGACAACGCGAGGGGCUACUUUGAGGGCACCUGCGUGGAGUGGCUCCUCAGAUACCUGGAGAACGGGAAGGAGACGCUGCUACGCGCAGAUCCUCCAAAGACACAUAUCACUCACCACCCCAUCUCUGACCGUGACGUCACCCUGAGGUGCUGGGCGCUGGGCUUCUACCCUGCGGAGAUCACCCUGACCUGGCAGCUUGAUGAGGAGGACCUGACCCAGGACAUGGAGCUCGUGGAGACCAGGCCGGCGGGGGACGGGACCUUCCAGAAGUGGGUGUCUGUGGUGGUGCCUUCUGGAGAGGAGCAGAGAUACACAUGCCAUGUGCAGCACAAGGGGCUGCGCAAACCCCUCACCCUGAGAUGGGAACCACCUCCUCAGCCCACCAUCCCAAUUAUGGGCAUCAUUGUUGGUCUGGUUCUCUUUGUGGUCACUGGAGCUGUGGUGCUUGGAACUGUGCUGUGGAGGAAGAAACACUCAGGUGAAAAAGGAGGGAACUACACUGAGGCUUCAAGCAGUGACAGUGCCCAGGGCUCUGAUGUUUCUCUCACAGCUUUAAAGGUGAGACCCUGGAAGACCUGAAGUGAGAAGGGGUUGGAACAAAGGAGACAGGACUGGCGUGAGACAGCUGCCUUGUGUGGGACUGAGUGAUUUAAGAUUUGUUCAUGCUCCAGCUUUGUGACUUCAGGAAUCUCUGAUUUCUCUUUCUGCAAAGGGCAUCUGAAUGUGUCUGCGUUCCUCUCAGUAUCUUGUGAGGAGCGGGGAGACUGUCCUCCCCAUGCCCACCACACCCCCUCCCCACACUGAGUCUCUCCCUGAUUCACUGUCCUGUUCCAGUGGGUGCUGUUUCCAUUCCUGCCUUUAUUCGUGUUACACUGAGGAGCAACUUUUUACUUUCUAUUGAAAUAAAAAUCUGAAUAUGAA